ACUAACGUGUCUAUGGGCAACAAUUAAAGUCUCUCUUUUUUUUUAUUAAUAUAAAAUGACAAUCAAUACUGGAUUAAAGAAGGGCGGUUUUAACUUUGAUAAUUGUGGAAGAAAUGCAGCAUUGGAAGCUAAGGGUGCUAAACCACCAAAGGCAACAAGCACAGGUACUACUAUUGUUGGUCUCAUUUAUAAAGAUGGUGUUUGCUUAGGUGCUGAUACAAGAGCAACUGAGGGACCUAUUGUCGCUGAUAAAAACUGUGAAAAGAUCCACUACAUUGCUCCCAACAUUUACUGUUGUGGUGCUGGUACAGCUGCCGAUACUGAAUUCACAACCAACUUGAUCAGCUCUCAAAUGGAAUUGCAUUCUUUAGCAACUGGAAGAAAGGCUAGAGUUGUUACAGCCAUGACAUUAUUAAAGCAAAUGCUAUACAAAUAUCAAGGCCAUAUUGGUGCAGCUCUUGUUCUCGGAGGCUUUGAUGUUACAGGUCCUCAACUUUAUACAGUAUAUCCUCAUGGCAGUACUGACAGCUUACCAUAUGUCACCAUGGGCUCAGGCUCAUUGGCUGCCAUGAGUGUAUUUGAAAGUAAAUGGAAGCCUGAUAUGACUCGAGAGGAAGCCAUUGAUCUUGUCAGAGAGGCUAUUGAAGCUGGUAUUUUUAAUGAUUUAGGAUCCGGUUCCAAUGUGGAUGUCUGUGUGAUCACAAAGGAUUCAACUGAAUACCUUCGAAACCAUGUUAGACCCAAUGAAAGAGGAGUCAAGGAACAAAGCUAUAGAUAUCCUAGAGGAACAACGGCUAUUUUAAAGGAAUCUAUUACUAAAUUUGUAACUGUGUCAGAAGGCGAUUCUAUGGACUUGACUAUGUAAUAAAGCAUAAAGAUAUCAUGACUAAAAUUAGCAGACGCUUUUUUUGUUUAUUUUCUCCGAGUUUAUAUAUAUUUUCUAUAUUUUUUUUUUUUUCUCUUUUUCUUUUCUACCUUUUUUAUACAUAUAAAAUCUCUCUUUUUCUCUCUCUUUCUCUCUCUCUCUUUUCUUUUUUCUUUUUUUCU